UCCUGCUUUUGAAGUUUUUCGCUUCGUCACCAGCCGAGAGAGAGUACCGUGGCUCGACGUCGUCGACAGAGUCAGUGAGCGCGAUAGCGAGUGGACAGGUUUCCAUCGCCUCCCGUGCUCCAUAUGCACGGAUGGGGCCCAGGGUUGGCAGGACCUCCAUUCAAACAUAAGCCCAGUUUGCCCUCUUCGGAAGCGUUCUCGCCCUGAACCGUUCACGGAGGCGAGUGAGAGGUGAGCCAACUAUUUACUUUCUUGGUGGCGACAAUGGCGUCACUGGACGAUUCCCAUGUGUACACAUCCAGCAAGGCGCGAUUGGGUGGUGAGUUAGAGCCACCAGUUCCCCAGCUAAUGCAUGUGCCCAAACACCGGUCAUCAAGAGAUAUGCCGGGAGCGCUCAGUCGCAUGGAGACUCAUAGCACGACUCGGACUGCGUCCUGUGCAGAAGACUCCAGUGUGCCCAGCCCUGCACGGUCCACGAUGCUGACCGGUGGAGUUGAGAGAAAUACGUACCGCACCGCUUCUGCCAGUGCCCCUAUCGUACUGCCGUCAGUAGCUGCAGCAGAAGCAGCAUCGACAUUACCUGCACCUGAGGAUGUUGAGGAGGAGCCCAGGGUCAAGACACAUUGUGCUGCGCCGUGGACCGCAUUCAAGCCAGCCAUUGCAUUGCCGCACCUAGAUCUUGGCCAGCAAUCUACACAAGGCCAGACGAGCGCAUCGAAUGGUUCCACGCUGAGUGCUGCACGUAGCUCAUCUAGGCCAGCUGAUGGUACACCAUCCAAACAGGCUGAGAAACUGAUAGCUGGUAAGCGCAAAGUCGGGAGUGCAGUAACUACAAGCGUUGCAAAGAAGCCUAAACCGAUGGGAAGAAGUAAUGUCAUGGCACAGCCUCCACAGGGCGCACAGGAAACCGUUCUACAUAGUAUUGCAGAGGAAGAUAGUGAUGGCUCAGGGAACCCUGUUGACGAUGGUGACGAAGAGGAUGACAGCGCAGUGGCACGGCGUGUGCUGGCGGUGCAGAGAAUGACGUUGCACUGUGGACUGAGCGAGCGCGAACUUGUAAUGAUGCCCGUCAGGGACUUGAAUAAGCGUCUGCGUGGCAUGGACCGGCCCACAAUCGCUCUUCUUAAACAACGACGUAGGACCCUGAAGAAUCGAGGUUACGCUCAAAACUGCCGGUCUAAGAGAACUAGUAAAACAGAAGAGCUCAAACAGCUGAAGCAAAAGGCAAUGCAGGAGCUCCAGGAAGUAUCGGAUAAGCUUGCCGAUCAACAGAGGCUGCGAGACAAUUACAAGCAGCAGUUGAAACAGUUACUGAAUGUAUGCAAAAGCACACCAGAGCUGGCGUCAGCCUGGGCAGCCAAUGCACCUAAACUGCUAGGCAAUACUGAUAUAAGUGCAGCAGAUCCUGCUAGCAGCCUAGGCAGCAGCAGCAGCACUGCGCCAGCGAGUACGAGUGCGGCUCUUUACAAGUCUACAUCGUUGGGUAGCUCAAAGUUGGCAAGUUCCAAAAGUGCAGCCGCAAAGGAUUGGACCCUGCCGGAUGACCCUCUCCUGGUACCUCUGGCAGCUGCUAUGGCCGAGCAUGAGAAGAAGAAAGGGGCGAAACAGCAAGAAACGUAAAAAGUUUGCUGCGUUGGUGCUCUGCAUGCCCAUGCUGCAGGCAAUGCAGGAUUCAUCAUGCCUAACUAACGAACUCUUCAAUGGCUAGCACUUUAUUAACCCGCUUACAGGGUUGCAAGUUUGGCCAUGACGGUCUGUUUUA